AAAGAAAGGUUGCGGCCAAGUGCACAAAAAAAUCAGAAUGAUCAGUUGCAGAAAAUUAAGUCGCAGUUCAUUAGUGUGAAGCCAAGUCCAAAGGUGCCGAAAGGCUUUAAUUUAUUGUACAAACACGCAACAAUCUGGAUGAAAAAUACAGGCGUUUCGAUAAAGAUUGUAUGCGAUCCGGAUGUGUUUGGACAUGAAAAGACAGUUUACUUGAUAGAUGAGAAUAUUUUGUCAUUGUUGGAGUUUAAAAUGCUAGGACAAGCUGUACUUGCAGCUUACAUGGCGUAAGUUUUCUUUUUCUGUUAAUUUUCUAUUUUUCUUUUUCUUUUUCUGUUAAUUUGCUAGUUGUUCGUAGUUCUAAUGUUUGCACUCUUUUUCGUAGGCACCUGCAUAAUGAGAUCUCUGAACAACAAACACUGGCGGAGACAUUUGCAUUUAUUGACCCGGGAUCCACUUAUCACUUAAAUGCCAAUUUUGAAAAAUACAUUGUUGAACGGUUGAAAGAGGGUAACCCGGAUCGGCUGUUCUUUUGGCCACACAAUCAGAAUAUGCAUUGGAUUCUGACUAUUAUUUGGGAAGGCGAAAUAUAUAUUCUCAAUCCGCUCCCUCACCCAACACAAUUUCCAGAGCUUGAAAAAGUGUUAUCAAGCGCGAUUAAGACGUUUAAUUCUGAAACUGGUAGGAGCAACAAGCCAGCUAAGGCAAAGUUUUUAAGUGGAUCUCCCAAACAACCUGGUGGCCAUGAAUGCGGUUACGUAGUCAUGCGUUACAUGAAAGAAAUUAUCGCUGACACAAGAUUAAGUUUUACUUCAAAGGGUCUUUCAGAUGCCAGACACGCAAUUAAGCCGAGAAAGAAGCCAAAUGAGCUAGUGUCCUAAAUGAAAGUGGAUGGUUCAGGUAGUUCUGACUGCAAAUUGGCCAUAGGAUCAUUGAGCAACAUUGUUGCUUUUGCAAAGAUGCAUGAAGUCCCUGUUCUUGAUGGACGUGAACAGACUAUCCAUGGAGUCAAACUUGGAGAAGCAAAUGCAAGAGUGUCAAUCACUCAAGUCAUUCAAGGCAACGCAAAGAUUCCCUUCCCCAUUGGUGAUGAAAUUGUUUCUGUACAAGAAGCCAUGGGAACUUUUAUUGCGUGGCCAAAAGACCUCAUAACUGUGGGAAACAAUAGCCUUAACCAGGUUUUUUCUGCUCCAAAGAGAGCCAAGAAAGGUCUUGCCAAGAAAAUAAAGAAGUCAAGCAAGUUAAUUGAUGAAUAUGUUGAACCAGAGCUUGUUGUGGACAUGGGUCCAAAUUAUCCAUCUGCAUUGAAUCGCUUGUGGACAUGGGCAAAAGAUUCGUUGAGUGAUGGCCGGACUAUUUCUUUUCAGUUGAGCAAAGAAGCAUUUGGCUUGACAAGAAAGCAGAGCAUAUUCUUAUCAGACAUACAUGCAGUCUGCUCUGGAGGUGAAAUGGCAGGGUCUGUAAUCUGCCUUUACAUUCACUUUUUAAAUGACUACGUGAAAAAGAAUAAGAUGUCGAGCAUGAUAAGCUUCGUUGAUCUGUGUACGAUUGGUGCCACUGGAUGCGGUACUGCAACGCAGAGGUCGAAUGCACUAGCUGCACGUUUUAAGGGUGCGAGAAAAGGGGAACACUUUCUCAUGCCUUACAAUGAUGUGAACCACUGGACGUUGUCUGUGGUAAAUCCGGAUGCAGAGAUAGUCUACUACAUGGACCCUCUUAAACGUCGAAUUGCAAAUGGUGAAUGGGUUGAUGUUGUCGACAAGUAAGUCCCCUUAUAGUAUUCAGUCUUCACUUGUAAAGCUUGUCACACCAAACUUUAUCGUGUUAUGUGUAUUUAAUGAUAUAUAUAU